CUUUCCAAAACCCACACAAAAAUGGAGCAAAAAUUGCUCAAUUUUUUACAGAAAUCCAAAACUAGCAAACAAUUGAAAGAGACCCAUCUUCAGAUUAUUGUCAAUGGCCUCAUGAAUAACAACUCUAUAGUGCCAAAGCUCAUAACUUUUUCCUCAAACUUCAUUUCACUUGAUUAUGGACUUCAUGUCUUUGAAAACUUACAAAAUCCAACUCUUAUUUCCUACAAUACUUUGAUUCAAUGCUUCAUUGGUAAGACACUGAAAUAUGCAUUAUAUACGUAUAACCAUAUGAGGGUAUCGAAUAUUACACCUAAUAGUUUCACAUUUACGUUUCUCUUGAGGUGUUUUGAGUCUUUUGAUGCUUUACAAGCUGGAGAAGUAGUUCAUAGUCAGAUUGCGAAGAUGGGUUUCGAGUCGAGUGUGUUUGCUAAGAAUACCCUUAUGGAUUUUUAUGCUAAAUGUGGUGGGAAUUUGGGUUCUGCUCGUAAGGUGUUUGAUGAAAUGUCUGAUAGAGAUGUUGUUUCAUGGAAUACGAUGAUUGGUGCUUAUAUGAUUCAUGGUAAUCAGGAAUAUGCGCUUUGUUUGUUUGAGGCUAUGCCGGAGAGGAAUCUGAUUUCGUGGAAUUCGGUUAUUGCUGGGCUAUUGAAGGUUGGGAACAUGGAGAUGGCUCGUUCUGUUUUUAAGCGUAUGCCGGAGAAGAAUGAUGUUUCUUGGAAUACGAUGAUUUCUGGAUAUGUAAAGUUGGGUGACGUAGAGACUGCUAGAGCUAUUUUUGAUGAGAUGCCGGAGAAAAGUAUAAUCUCUUGGACUGCAAUGGUGUCAGGAUAUGCCACAAGUGGUGCUGUGCAAUCAGCAAGAAAGAUGUUUGAUCGAAUACCAGAAAAAAAUGUUGUUUCAUGGAAUGCCAUGAUUGCUGGUUAUGUAAAUAACCACAUGUUUGAUGAAGCUCUGUCAGUGUUUCAGCAUAUGUUGAUUGAUGGGAACUGCAAACCCAACCAGACUACUUUGAUUAGUGUACUCUCAGCGUGUUCACAUUUGGGGUCUCAUGAGCAUGGAAAAUGGAUUGAUUCUUUUAUAAGAAAGAACAAAUUUGACUUAUCAGUUCCGCUAGGAAAUGCUUUAAUCGACACAUUUGCAAAAUGUGGAGAUAUGGAAAAUGCAAAAGCAGUUUUCUUAAGGAUGGCCCAAAGAUGCAUAAUUACUUGGACUACAAUGAUUUCUGGAUUAGCAGUGAAUGGACAUUGCAGAGACGCCCUAGAACUCUAUGAAAAAAUGUGCUUGGAAGGAGUAGAGCCGGAUGAUGUUGUAUUUAUUGCUGUUCUUUCAGCUUGCACUCAUGGAGGGCUGCUGGAAGAAGGGAAAAGGGUAUUUUACCAGAUGGUGAAUAAAUUUGGCAUUAAACCACGGAUUGAGCAUUAUGGAUGCAUGGUUGAUCUUCUUGGUCGAGCUGGAAAGUUUGAAAAAGCACUGAGUUUCAUUAAGAGCAUGCAUUUGGAACCUAACGUGGUCAUUUGGGCCACAUUGCUUUCUGCUUGUAAAACUUAUAGAAACGGGGAGUUGUUAGAAUCCUUAACCAGGAGGAUCCUGGAGCAAGAGCCUAACAACCCAAGUUAUUUGACAUUGAUAAUGAAUUUAAGCUCUUCUGUUGGGCGGUGGCAAGAUACCUUGAACUUCCGUAUAGCUACUAGAGACCAGGGAAUAGUAAAAAUUCCCGGUUGUAGCUCAAUCCAAAUAGGAAAUAAUGUCCAUGAGUUCUUAGCUAAAGAUACAAAGCACCCACAGAGGAAGGAAAUCUAUAGAGUGUUAGGGUGUUUAAAUGGACACUUAAAAUCAUGUGAGGUCGAAUGAAUUUUAAUGGCCAUGGCUUCUAAAAGAAUCUAUAGAUAGAAAGAUUUUGUAAUGUCCGUUGCUCAAAGGCUACUUUCUUGAAUACGCAUUAUUCUGACAUGGGUGAAAUUUUACAUCACAUGUAACUUGAAGUUGCAUGAUCACAGUGGAUGGACUACUGAUCUGAAUUAAGUACUCUCGUGAAAUGAAAUAUGAUAAUUCUCACAGUACGGCUGCAGGGAGAGGAAUCAACUCGGAGAAACUGUGAUGUCCAAUCACGAGAGUAAAUUAUUGCAUUGAAAAUUUUGGGCAAGAUGAGAUGCAUGAAGGUACUAUUUCUUAGGCCGUGGAAGAAUUGCUAAAGUAUGUUCCAGAACAAAUAAAGGGACAUCAUCAAAGAUUGGCACACCCUAACUUGUUGAGCCUUCUCUAUAUGCUCCACGUCCACGCUUUUGCCCGUUGAGCUACUCUGAACUUCUGAA